UUGCACCGAUCGCACGCCCAGGAGGUCCGCUCCGCUCCCCAAAACAAAAAUCAGCUGAAUAAAAACACAACUGAGAGUCCGCGCCAAACGAAAACGAAACAAAAUAAAGUAACGCGCGCGCGCUCAAAAGUCUGUGCUUAAUAAUAAGAUAUACCCAUGUGGAGCAUCAACGAUAAUAAUAAUCAAAACGUUUGUAAUUGUGCGCGAGUGCUGUUUUAAAUCCAAGCCAAAGUGUCAAUACUGUGAAAUCAAUACGAAUGAGAAAUGUGACUAACCAACCGAAGGAAAACCAAUUGUGCUAAACUUCGAAAAGAGACAACAAAUUAUAGAAAGCGCCUAACGGUUAACAGUUAUCGGCUAACGGUUAGCAGUUACCAGUAACCAGUCGCCAAAUUAACCGCCCGAGAACCGAUCUGAGCCACGAUGAGCAUUAUCGACAGCGGCAAGUACCGCUUGCGGAAGGACUGGGCCAGCGCCUCCAUUCCGUCCUUGGUCAACAUCGAUGAGCACGACGGCGACUCCGGAUCCGGGGACACGGAGGGCAGUCUGAGUGUCACGGCCCCACUGCCCCCACAGAAGCCCCCGAGGCGCAGCUCCCUGGCCCUCGGACUGUUCUCCAGCAAAUCGGACAAGAGCCAGAAGCGUCGCAGCUCCAUAGCCGUCUCCUUCCUGCGGCGGGAUAGUAGUAAGAACUCUACCAAAGACUCGUAUGAAUCGGCUGUGCGCAGCGAGAAGUCCGAUGGCUCCGGCACACCCAACAGCCCGGAGAUCGUAUACAGCUCCGAGGAGAACAUCAGGGCCAGUUCCCCCAAUGACCCCGGCAAACAGACCUUCUUCGAGGAUGGCAGCCAGUCGCCGAGACCAGUGCUCCAGGGGUUGAACACCUCGUACGAGGGUCCCGCCAACGAUCGCCAGAGGCGCAGGCGCAGCUCCCUGCAGACCAAGUUGGACAGGCAUCGCCGCAAGAAGAUGGAGUACAUCAACCAGAGGAGCUUGGACUCGGGCCUCAUGUGCAGCGAGUCCCAGAGCGACCUCACCAACGACAGCUUGGCCGAGGCCUCCGGCAGCUUUGCCAAUGGAAACGGCAACGAUGACGAGGACGACAUCAUCGAUCCCAGCCACGGAGAGUAUUUCCCGCGCGAGAAGCGCCACUCCUGGUGGAACAUUUUCGUGCCCGAUAAUUUCAAGAACAGGUCACGUAGAGCUAGUCAAGAUGUUUCCAGUUUGUCACGCAGCGUUGACAAUUUGGCGAUACCCGUGCGCAGGAGCAAAUCGCGCAGCGUGGAUCACGGCCUUGCGGCUCCGUUUGACUUGGACUCGCUCCGCUCGAAGGUGGAGCAGCGCUUCGAGAGCGUCGACAAACUGUCAAGGCAAAAGUCUUCAUUGCCCACCAUACCCACCAUUUCCUACACCGUGGGCAAUCGCGACACCCUGACCUCCGUGGCCGCCCGCUUCGACACCACCCCGUCGGAGCUGACCCACCUGAACCGGCUGAACAGCUCCUUCAUCUACCCGGGCCAGCAGCUGCUGGUGCCCGACAAGACGGCCAAGGACAAGGACAAGGACGACGCCUCGAGCAGCUCCACCCACGACCCCGACGGAGGCAGCCUGUCCGGCAAGUCGAGUCCGGUCGAGCGCAAGCUGUCCGCCGAGGAGAGCCGCGAGAAAGACAUACUCGAGGGCCUGCGCCCCGGAUCCCCGAAGCCCGGCCACAUUGAGCGCGUGGGCGGCAGCAGCCAGCAGCAGGCGGAGGAGGAGGCCAACAAGAGCGACGACCCGGUGAUCACCCAGCGCUUCCUCAAGAUCAAUGUGCGCCACAUCACGGACGGACAGGGCGUGGUGGGCGGCGUCCUCCUGGUCACGCCCAACGCCGUCAUGUUCGACCCCAACGUCAGCGAUCCGCUGGUCAUCGAGCACGGUCCGGAGAGCUACGGCGUCAUCGCGCCCAUGGAGCUGGUGGUCAACGCCGCCAUCUUCCACGACAUUGCGCACAUGCGAGUGGCCGGAGGAGCAGGGCAGGGGCUGAACUCCGGGUCGGGCGACGCAGAGAAGCCGGAGAUCUAUUAUCCCAAACCAGUAUUAGUCGAGGAGGACUCCAAGGAGUUGUCCGAGCAGCAGCCGCUGCUGGGCGAGGACGGCAAAGAGCGUUUGGAUGCUGAAAUCGGAUCGUUGGAGAUUGCCGACGACCAGGAGUCGCUUUGCUCCAGCACUGGACGCGAUGGCGACGCCUUUCCCAAAGCCUUCGACCGCGAACGUGUGGAGGACUUAUCCACGGAAGCCAAAGAUAGCGCUAAGACUGACGCUCAAGACGACGAAGACAAGAAGACCGGCCUGGGCCUCUCCAGCACUCGCUCCACCCUCGAGGAGCGGCGCAAGAGUCUGUUGGAUCACCACUGGGCCAUUCCGAGCAAAGACCGAUCCUCGGAAGACGAGGCCGACAACGAGUCCAACAUAACCGUGGACAGCGGUGCCCGGGUGCAGGAUCCCCAUUCGGCCAAUAGCUCGGUGAGCGGCGUGCCGGCCAGCCAGCCCCUUGGGGCAGCUGCUGCCCCUCCCGCCUCCGCCUCCGCCGUGCCCCCUCUGCCCCCCUCGGGCAUCGACCUGGAGCACCUGGAGGAGCUGUCCAAGCAGUCGUGCUACGACUCGGGCAUCGACAUCCGCGAGCCCGUUCCCAACGUACAGCCGAUACCAAAGAAAACCGUCUACAGCGACGCGGACAUAGUCCUCAGCUCCGACUGGGUACCACCGAAAACCAUUGUGCCGACGCACUUCAGCGAGUCUCCGCCGCGCAGCACCAUCCUGGGCCAGAGCCUGGACGCCGGCACAGGAGGCGCAGGAGGAGCCCGCAAGAAGACCUCCAGCGUCAGCUUCAGCGUGGAUGACGAGGCCGCCCAGCAGGCUCAGGCCCAGGCGGCUGCACUGGCGGCCACCGACAAGCAGGCGGACAAGAAGAACAAGAUGCUGAAACGCCUCUCAUACCCCUUGACCUGGGUGGAGGGAUUGACCGGGGAGGGCGGAGCUGCGCAGCCCGGAGGCGUGGGCAGUGGUAGCCUGAACAAGUCGGGAGACACAGAUUCGGCGCCCAACACGGGUGACUCCAAUCAGAGUGUAUUUUCGAAAGUAUUCUCAAGCUCGCCCAUUACUCUGGUGUCAGAGCUGGGCGGGAAUCUAUUUUCGAAAACACCGUCCGAGGACUCUGGUGGCUCACCUGUGCCGCCAUUGACUCCGCACUCGACUCAUUCCGAGGGUCAUAUGACCUAUGGACGUUCCUCAAUCGGUACCUUUAUACGUCCCCACUCAUCGGAGGGCACUUCGUCCAGCACCAAGCUGAAGGAGGCCAAGCAGGCGCCCAAGCUGGACUAUCGCUCCAUGGUAUCCAUGGAUGACAAGCCGGAACUCUUUAUCAGUGUGGACAAACUCAUCCCACGACCGGCCCGAGCCUGCCUUGACCCACCAUUGUAUCUGCGCCUGCGCAUGGGCAAGCCCAUCGGCAAGGCCAUUCCGCUGCCAACCUCUGUCAUGUCCUACGGCAAGAACAAGUUGCGCGCUGAGUAUUGGUUCAGUGUGCCAAAGAAUCGCGUUGAUGAGCUCUAUCGCUUCAUAAACACCUGGGUGAAACACCUGUACGGUGAGCUGGACGAAGAGCAGAUCAAGGCGCGUGGCUUCGAGCUAAUCCAGGAGGACACCGAGUGGACCAAGAGCGGCACCACAAAAGCCGGCAUUGGAGGCGGCAGCCAGGAUGGCGAGGAGAUUAGCGACCUGACCCGCGAGUCCUGGGAGCUUAUAAAGGCGCCGUUCGCCAAGACCUACAAGAUCAUUAAAACGGCAUCGCAUGCCGCAUCGCAUGACUUGGAAAUGUUGGGCGGCGAGGUGCUGUCAAUGAGCACAGAUGAAUACCGCAAGACGUCACUCUUCGCCACUGGUUCCUUCGACCUGGACUUCCCCAUACCAGACCUGAUUGGCAAGACAGAAAUCCUCACAGAGGAGCAUCGCGAGAAGCUCUGCUCACAUCUGCCAGCUAGAGCCGAGGGAUACUCCUGGUCCCUGAUCUUCAGCACAUCGCAACAUGGUUUCGCACUCAACUCCCUGUACCGCAAGAUGGCGCGUCUCGAGAGUCCAGUUCUGAUUGUCAUCGAGGAUACCGAGCACAAUGUAUUUGGUGCCCUGACCUCCUGCUCGCUGCACGUGUCGGAUCACUUUUACGGCACUGGCGAGUCCCUGCUCUACAAGUUUAACCCCAGCUUCAAGGUGUUCCAUUGGACUGGCGAGAAUAUGUACUUCAUCAAGGGCAACAUGGAGAGCCUUUCGAUUGGCGCUGGAGAUGGUCGCUUUGGCCUGUGGCUGGACGGUGAUCUCAACCAGGGACGGUCGCAGCAGUGCAGCACAUACGGCAAUGAGCCUCUGGCGCCACAAGAAGACUUUGUUAUCAAAACACUCGAAUGCUGGGCAUUUGUUUAAGUGAAUUUCUGUUGUCAACAACAAACACAUUUAAGGAUGGGAGCGAGGGCCUCCUGCCUACCUAUCUAUUUAAUUAAUUAUAUGUACUUGUACUAAACACCAACAACCUGAGAAAGAUGUCAAAAGCUAGUGUGCGUCUAGGGAUCCUCCGGAACGGCCCACACAGCCCCAAAAACACCACAAAAAGGGAGGAUGCAAAACACUGAUCUGAUCUGAAGGGAAAUGCUUGUGAAAAUUUCUGUUCUCGGAAGCAACAUGCGAGUUAGCUAUGCGUUGGAACGUAUUAAUUAUUUAGUUUUUAUAUUAUAUAUUAUUAAACAAAAGCAACUAAAUUA